AUGUCUAACAACGAUCAACGACCACUUAUUUCUAAAUCUACACUAAUUGAUUCGUUAAAUCUACAUACUACUUCCGCAUCGUCAUUUUUAACAUCAACAAUAAAUCAAGAAGCAACAUUAGCUGAUCUAUUAAAUAACAAUCGUAGAAAAGCCAUCAUACCUACACCCAACCGACCAACCAUUGUAUCACAAUCAAUUACUUGUAAAAAUCCUGAUGAUGAAUUAACAACAAAUACAAUUGUUGAUAAUGCUGAUAUUGAAUCUUCAAAAACUGUAACCAAAUUGCUUAAUAGUCUUAAACAAGACGACAUGAUGGGCUGUACUGAUAAUCCAUCUGAACCGGGAGAAAAUGAAGAAGACCAUCAAUUUGACUCAUUUGUCUUAGAACAUUUUGUUCCGUUUUCUGGUAAACAACCAGUUAAUCUAUGGUUAGAUGAAACUGAAAUACAUUUUGAUAACAAUAAUUCCAGUUCAUCUACAAUUAAAUCUCAAGCAAUAUAUAUUCCUGAUACUACAAAUCAACAAACAUCAUGUCAAAAUGAAUCAAUUACUGCUGCACAAGGAAAAUCAAUAGAUAUUCCAGACACUAUAAAUUCUACACGUCAUUCACCAUGUCAUUCUACUGCUGUUGCUGAUUGUCAUACCACCAGCAUCAUUAGUGAUACACUAGACAAUAAACCAGGCAACCUUACUACAAAUUCUUCGAUUAAUAUACUUGAUCAAACUACGAAUGAUCUUCGAAAAGCAAUUGUAGGUGAUUUGAUUAGGAAUCCCAAGGUAUUUAAAGGUGGUAAAGAUGAUGUAAACAAAUGGAUCGAAGAAAUUGAACAUCUUUUAGAUGUAGCACAUAUUCCUGAUUCGAGUCGAUUGGACAUAAUUUCUUAUUCACUCCGAGGAGAUGCUCUCCAAUGGUAUAAGGCUAACAAAGCAAUGUUUACUUCAUGGAUAAUAUUUGUAUAUGAACUUAAAAGAGCUUUUACUUCCUCGUUUCAUGAGGAAUUAGCAUUUAAAAAAUUAGAAACAUAUACUCAAGGUGACAGUCAAUCUAUUCGAAAUUUUUUCAAUAAAGUUUUACAGUUAUGCAAAGAAGCUGAUCCCAACAUGAGCGAAUCAACAAAAUUAAAGCAUCUUCUCAAUAAAGCCAAACCCACUAUACAGUUCGAAGUUCGAAAGAAAAAACCUACCACUAUCACCGAAUUUUUUGAAUAUGCUAAAGAUGUAGAAGAAUGGUAUCAGUUAUCAAACAUCAACAUUGAUAAUAAUAAUAAGAAUAAUAAUUCUCCAACUACUACACAACAACAAAUAUCUCCUUUAAUGACUGUACCUUCUUCAAGUACUACUUAUUCAAAUAAACCGUUUUCGAAUAAAUUUACAUCCGACUAUUCAAGAAAUUUUAACAACAAUAAUAACAAUACAUUUAGAAACCAAGAUAAUCGAAAUAGUCCCCAAUCAUCAGCGUUUACAACUUCAUCUUUUCGUUUACCUCAAGCUGCUCAAUUUCAACCAAGAACUACCACUCAACGAUUUCAACCAAAUAAGAACAAUUUUUUCUUUAACUCUAAUAAUGCUAAUCGAACUCGACCACAGCAAUAUCAACCAAAUUUGUCCAAUAUCGAUCGACGACGUCAACAAGCAGCAAAUGCAAUCUCUCCAUCAGAUUCAACUAUUAUUCCCGAUCUACACUCAGAAACUCUUCCAGUAAUUGUUUGCACUCAGUGUAAUGAAUUUGGACAUGAGGCUUCGACUUGUCCAAAUUUCUAA